AAGGAAUGCGGAAAAGCCCUCAUUUUGAUUGACUGUAAUGUCGUAAAGUAUAAGACUCUUGACUUUGUCGACAAAGAGAGAGGCUUCGUCUUCCUCUUCGUCUUUAUCGGAAAGCUAGGGUCUUGUAUUGAUUGUUAGGAUUUCUCUUGCAUUUUUGAGGUAUUGAGCAGAGACAUCGCACGUACAAUGGCUUCGCAAAUGCACCUGGACAAGAUGCAGCUCCGCCAGAACUAUCGGAACCUCUGGCACACCGAUCUCAUGAGCACUAUGAAGGCCGACUUCCCUUAUUGCUGUUUUGCAUUUUUGUGUGGACCAUGUGUAUCAUAUUUGCUUCGGAAACGAGCUCUUUAUAAUGAUAUGUCGAGGUAUGUUUGCUGCGCCGGUUACAUGCCUUGCAGUGGUCGAUGUGGAGAAAGUCGUUGUCCUGAAUUUUGCCUUGCCACUGAGGUUUUCUUGUGCUUUGGAAAUUCAGUAGCGUCAACCCGCUUUCUGUUGCAAGAUGAGUUCAACAUACAGACGACACAAUGUGAUAAUUGCAUUAUUGGUUUCAUGUUCUGCCUUCAACAAAUUGCAUGCAUAUUUUCCAUUGUCGCAAUGAUUGUUGGAAGUGGGGAACUUCAGGAGGCUUCUCAAUUACUGUCUUGUUUGGCUGAUAUGGUUUACUGCACGGUUUGUGCAUGUAUGCAGGUAUGUGAGAUAAACAUCUGA